CAGCUGUAGCAGAUGCAUUACUGCGACGCAUUUCAGAGGCAAAAGGAAGGGUUAUAACUACACAAUUUGCUUCUAACAUACAUCGUCUUGGAAGUGUCAAAGCUGCUGCUGAUUUAACUGGACGAAAAAUGGUAUUAGUUGGUAUGUCUCUGAGAACUUAUUUAGAUGCCGCUUUCAAGGAUGGAAAGGCUCCAAUUGAUCCUUCCAUUUUGGUGAAAGUAGAGGAUAUUGAUGCUUAUGCCCCAAAAGAUUUGUUGAUUGUGACAACUGGUUCUCAAGCAGAACCAAGAGCUGCAUUAAAUCUUGCAUCCUUUGGUAGCAGCCAUUCUCUAAAACUGGGAAAAGAUGAUGUUGUUUUGUAUUCUGCUAAGGUAAUUCCUGGAAAUGAGACUCGAGUGAUGAAGAUGCUAAACCGCAUAUCAGACCUUGGUCCAACGAUCAUAAUGGGCAAAAAUGCUGGAUUGCAUACAUCUGGCCAUGCUUACCGUGGAGAAUUGGAGGAAGUUCUUAAAAUUGUGAAACCUCAACAUUUUCUACCCAUUCAUGGGGAACUGUUGUUUUUGAAAGAGCAUGAAUUACUUGGAAGAUCCACUGGGAUACGGCAUACUGCUGUAAUAAAGAACGGAGAGAUGCUUGGUGUUUCACAUCUCCGGAACAGGAGAGUUCUGUCCAAUGGGUUUUCUUCACUAGGAAAGGAGGCAUUAGAGUUGAUGUAUAGUGAUGGUGAUAAAGCAUUUGGAACGUCAGCUGAACUUUGUAUUGAUGAGAGGUUAAGAAUUGCAUCUGAUGGUAUUAUAGUUGUCAGCAUGGAGAUUUUGCGCCCUCAAGCUGUAAAUGGUUCAUCACAAGCAUGUUUAAAAGGAAAAAUAAGAAUCACCACGCGUUGUUUAUGGCUAGAUAGAGGAAAGCUUCUGGAUGCUCUGUAUAAAGCUGCACACGCUGCACUCUCAAGCUGUCCUGUGAAUUGUCCGCUGGCUCACAUGGAACGAAUCGUAUCUGAAGUAUUAAGGAAGAUCGUUAGGAAAUACAGCAGCAAAAGGCCUGAUGUCAUUGCAAUUGCAGUGGAGAACACCACUGGAGUUGUAACUGAAGAAUUGAAGACUCGAUUAUCUGGAAAAUCUCGUGGUAGUUUUGGGCUCUCUGCUGCUGCUCAGGCAUUCAAUAUGCGUGCAACAAAGCAUUCAAGUAGACAGUUCAAUGAAUAUAGUGAUUCUUUGCCUUCAAGCAGGCAGCUUGAUGAAGUUGGGGAUUCUGCCAUCGAUGUGAACAACAUAGAAAUGGACUCUUCUGAAGGCGAGAGUUUUGAUGCUGAUCAAACGAUGCCUGAGGUUGCAACUAAAAACUCUGACCAAGAUGAAUUAUCUUCUCAUGCAUCCCAAGAACCAGAUGAUAUUGUUGAACUUGUCAAAGCAUCUUCUUCUGUCCAACAGACAACAGCUAGUGACUGUGGUUUGGAAGAGAAUAUGGGUGUUGAUAAAAACGGAACACCUGGCAGCAAGGGGCCUAACAGAUUGUUAAAUGCUAAGAAAUCUGCAAAGCGUAAUAAGUGGAAGCCUGAGGAGGUGCAAAGACUGAUAAUAUUACGUGCUGGAUUGGAUAGCAAAUUCCGGAGUGCUAAAGCGAGAAUGGUUCUCUGGGAAGAGAUAUCAACUGAUAUGUUAAACGAUGGAAUAAAUCGUAGUCCCGCACAAUGCAAGUCUCUCUGGGCAUCACUGGUUCAGAAAUAUGAGGAAAGUAGAAGAAAUGAGAAAAGUAGAAAAACCUGGCCCCACUUUGCUGCCAUGGAUGAAGUUUUGUCCGCUGGUGACCAGGCAAUGAAAUGAACAGCUGAGUGGCUUAUUAUGUUGCACGGAACACCCGAUGUGGCAGAGAAGCACCUUUUGAUUGAUUCGUAAUGCCAUAUCAUCAUCACCAGAGGCUGUCUGUCGAGAGCAAUCUUUUUUAUCACGAGAGCACAGUGCGGAAAUUUUGGUGGUGUGGAUUGUUCGGAGGGUGUGAUGAAGCUAUUAGCUCUAUGGACAAUGCUAGGCAGGUUUUGUUCGAAUGGAAUGGCUAUGUAUGCUCCAUUAAAUAUUAAAAAUUUCCUUCUUUUUUU